AUGACAAUGAGUAUGACAAAUCGUAAACCACUGCUGGUACUGUUGUUUAUAUUAGCCUCCUGGAUCACUUUUAUAGUUUUUCAAAACUCCACAGAGGUAUGGACUGCACUCAAGUUGACCUUCUCCUUCCAUUACUGGAAUUUCAUCAUGAAGUCCUCAUGUCCUAAAGUGCCACUAAAUCCGGGAGUUUCACCUACAGAGACUGAGCUGAGAAUCAAGGAAAUCAUGGAGAAACUGGACAAGCUUAUCCCACCCAGACCCUUCACCCAUGUGAAAACCACCACCAGUGCCACCCAGAGCAGAGCCACUAUCCUCAACCCUCAAGACACAUAUUGCAGGGGGCAUCAGCUAGACAUCCUGCUGGAGAUGAGGGACCACUUGGGACAUAGGAAAGAAUAUGGUGGAGAUUUCCUGAGGGCCAGGAUGUCCUCCCCAGCCCUGAAGGCAGGUGCUUCAGGAAAAGUGACAGACUUCAACAAUGGCACCUACCUCGUCAGCUUUACUCUGUUCUGGGAGGGCCAAGUCACUCUGUCUAUUCUGCUCAUCCACCCUAGUGAAGGGGUGUCAGCUCUCUGGAGGGCAAGGAACCAAGGCUAUGACAGGGUGAUCUUCAUAGGCCAGUUUGCCAGUGGGACCUCCUUUGCCAAUUCUUACUGUGCCCUGGUUUUAAACUCAAGUGCUGAACUGUGCAAGUACCUGGAUCCUCGAGACCAAGAAGCCUUCUACUGCAUGAAACCUCAACACAUACCCUGUGCUGCACUCACCCACAUGCAUUCCAAAAACAAGAAAGUUUCUUAUCUUAGAAAACAAGAAAGGAUCCUCUUUAAAAGGUCAAAUGUGGGUGUAGAGAUUAUGGAAAACUUCAACAUUAUUAAUGUCUCCAAAUGCAACAAAAACAUGGCUCCAAUGAAAAAGAAAUGCAAGUUUGGAAUGGCAUCCACAAUCCCCAGUGGAUAUGUCUGGAAAGACACAUGGAAUCCUAUCUCCUGUAGUUUGGCUCCAGUUGAAAUAAAAGAAUGCCUGAAAGGAAAAUUCAUAUAUCUAAUGGGAGAUUCCACGAUACGCCAGUGGAUGGAAUACUUCAAAGACAGUAUCAAAACCCUGAAGUCAGUGGAUCUGCAUGAAUCUGGAAAAUUUCAGCAUCAAUUUGCUGUGGACUUGGAUAAGAAUAUCAACAUCCAAUGGCAAAAACAUGGUUACCCUUUGGUUGGAUCACUGACCUAUUCAGUCAAAGAGAUUGAGUACAUCACCCGAGUAAUUGACAGAACUGGAGGAGAAAAAAAUACUAUCAUUGUUAUUUCUCUGGGCCAGCAUUUCAGACCCUUUCCCAUUGAUGUUUUUAUCCGAAGGGCCCUCAAUGUCCAUGAGGCUGUUCAGCGUCUUCUUCUGAGAAGCCCAGAAACUAUGGUUAUUAUCAAAACAGAAAACAUCAGGGAGAUGCACAGUGAUGUGGAGAGAUUUGGUGACUUUCAUGGUUAUAUUCAAUAUCUCGCCAUAAGAGACAUUUUUCAGGAUCUCAAUGUGGGCAUCAUUGAUGCCUGGGAUAUAACAAUUGCAUAUGGCACAAAUAAUGUCCACCCGCCUAUAUCUGUAGUCAGAAAUCAAAUUAAUAUAUUGUUAAACUAUAGUUGCUAA